CGCUCCGAGCGACACGUCCGCUCUCUCCACCACUCAGCGCCACCCACGACGGACCCAACAUCCACUCUGCAUGUUUUCACGCGAGGCUAUACCCGUUGACGUUAUGCACAUGCCCGCCCACUACGUCGAUCGCAGCCAUCGCGGCUUGGACGGGGCACAGCACCCUUGUAGUCCCCCUGUAGACGUGUCUGGAAAACUUCAUCCCUUCGCGACGUUGAGUGAGCCUCCAACAUCAGAGUUCGACCUGGUUUCGUGAGCACGAUGGCGAUCAAGAAGCCAUCCCUUACGCCGUAUCUGGCCUUUUUCAGACUCCUCUUCUACGCAGAUCCAACCUGGCUUGACAAGCUUCUCGUCGCUACCGGAGCUGUAUUUGCCAUUGCAGCUGGUGUGCCGUUUCCGCUUAUUGGUAUCGUUUUCGGCCAACUUGUCGACGACAUUAACGAUGCAACUUGCAGCAACCGUGAAGGCGCGGGGGCCAAUGGGGACAUGUCAUCGAUAAACGAGAAAGUCCUCCUCCUUGUGUACAUCGCGAUUGCGAGUUUCGCCUGUAUCUACAUUCACCUGGUGUGCUGGAACAUAGCGUCACAACGGCUAGCACAACGUAUCCGAGACCGUUAUCUCCGGAAUCUCCUACGACAGGAUCUCGCCUUUUUCGACAAUCUUCAAUCAGGAGAAGUGUCCUCUCGUCUCAAUGGCGAUAUUUCCGCCAUCGAAGGUGGCACAGGAGAGAAGGUUGGCGUCGCCUUGACUUGUCUUUCGUUCUGCGUGACAGCAUACAUUGUUGGUUUCAUCAAGAAUGCUGAGCUUGCGGGGAUGCUUGUUUCUUUGAUCCCUGCUUUCCUUCUCAUGGCAGUGAUCGGCGGACGCUACGUUGGUAAAUACACAGUCAGCCUUGGAGGAUACUUUGGAUCAGCCAGCGCACUCGCGUCUGAGGCGUUGAGCAACAUUGGUCUCGUCCACGCCCUCGGUGCUAAUGAGAGACUGGAGAAGAAGUUCCGCGACCACCUGGGUAAUGCUCGCCAUGCUGGUAUUCGCAAAGCUAUCGCUGCAGCUGCAAUGGCAGGGAUGCUAUACUUCAUUGCCUUCUCGGCCAGUGCGCUUGGAUACUGGCAGGGUAGUAAAAGGAUUGCCGACACUGUUGACGGCAGGGGUAACGACACGAUCGGAGAGAUCUACACCGUCACCUUCAUUCUACUUGAUGGUGCCAUUGUUCUUAGUCAAAUUGCACCCAUGCUUCCGCUCUUUGGAGGUGCCAUCAGCGCAUUUGACCGACUGCGCAAGGACAUCGAGACUGAACCUACCAUUGACAACACCUCAACAUCUGCCGAGAAGCCUGAUACCGUUGAUGGCCAACUCGCUUUCCGCAACGUCGAGUUCACUUACCCUUCGAGGCCGGAUCACCCUGUUCUGAAUGGUAUUUCCAUUGAUUGCGAGGCUGGUAAGCUCACUGCUAUCGUCGGUUUGUCUGGCAGUGGUAAGUCAACGAUUGCCAGUCUCAUCAGCCGCUUCUACGACCCAUUGGCCGGCGAUGUCCUCCUUGACGGGCGCAACAUCAAGGACAUAAACGUCAAAUCUUUGCGAGGAUUCAUCAGUCUUGUUCCCCAAGAACCGUCUCUCUUGGACAGGUCAAUUCUGGAGAAUAUUGCACUUGGGCUCGUCAACUCGCCUGCUCACUCUCGCUUCGAAAAGGUGCUCCUCAGCAACACCUUGGCCGACCUCACUCAGGAUGUCCGAAACGGGGAAGACCUUGGCAAGGCCGCCGAGAAAGCUGGGCCCGAGGUAGCUGAGAUUCUGCGUCUUGUGCAGCACGCAGCAGACUUGGCCGACGUCGCCGUCUUCAUUGAUCGUCUGGAAUUUGGCUUUGCGACACUCGUGGGUUCAAGUGGAAGUCUCGUCAGCGGUGGCCAAAAGCAGAGAGUUGCUCUUGCCCGUGCUCUUGUCCGCGAUCCAAAAAUCCUCAUCCUCGACGAGGCUACCGCCGCCCUCGAUUCGGCCAGUGAGCAGCGUAUUCAAGCUGCUAUCGAUCGCGCAUCGCAGGGUCGAACUGUCAUUUCAAUCGCUCAUCGUCUGUCGACCAUCCGCAAUGCUUCCAAGAUCAUUGUCAUGAAGAAGGGCGAUAUCAUUGAGCAAGGUACACACGAUGAACUUUUGGCAUUGGACGGCUCCUAUGCAGACAUGAUCCGUCUGCAAACCGUGAAGGUAUCCGAGGAUGGCGCUUCAAGCUCAAGAACAAGCCUGGACUAUGAUGAUGAGAUCGACAUUGCCAAGAACGAGCACUCGACUUCGACUGUUGCCGACACAGACGCACUUCCCGAAAAGGCGGCUGCGGAACCAGAGCCAUUGAAGGGGGCUAACGGCGAGAUCGUUGCCAGGUCAAUCUCAAAAACGAUGGGGCCUAUGAUCCGACCGUACCUGCUUCUACUCCUACUGGCUUUCUUGGGUGCUCUUGUCGUCGGCGGACAGUACACAGCAUCCGGAAUGCUGUUCGGUAAUGUUAUGGGUGUUAUGUCGCCUUGCAACCCAUCGGACUAUAUUAGAUCACAAGGUGCACUGCUUGCGGGCAUGUGGUUCAUGGUCGCAUGCGUCGCCUUCCUGGCCAAUUUCACGAGCUGGGCCACCUUCGGCCUUAUUUCUGAACGUCUGAUCUACAAGGUACGCGUUUUGUCAAUGCGCUCUCUCCUGCAGCAACCCCUGCAAUGGCAUGAGUCCGAAGGCAGGAACCCCAACCAACUCUUGGAGUACAUCACAAAAGACGGAAACUCAUUAGCCGGGUUCAGUGGCUCUAUUGUCGGCACCCUGUUCUCAGUUGUUGUCAACUUCAUUGCGGCUAUCAUCCUUUCUCAUAUCGUCGCAUGGAGAAUCGCCGUUGUAUGCUUGGUCAUUGUUCCGUUACUGCUCGGAGCCGGCUACAUGCAGCUUCGGGCGAUCGGCAAGUUUGCCGUGAAGCAUGCAGGCGCGUUCUCGUCGUCCAUCGGAGUCACAAUCGAGGCUGUGGCAAACAUCCGUACUGUUCAUGCUCUGUCGAUUGAGGAAGAAAUCAUCCAGACCUACCGCAGAUCUCUUGUGGCGCCUCGCAAAGAGAUGGUGAAGCAGAGCUUCAAAACCAACAUAUGGCUCGCUGUUGCCAAUUCCUGCGGCAGCUUCAUUUACGCUUUCGCGUACUGGUGGGGCUCUAAGAACAUCAUCGAGGGCCGUUACGACCAGACCGCUUUCUUCAUCAUUCUCAUAUCUAUGCUCCUCUCGGCACAGUUAUGGGGCCAGCUUUUCACCCUUGCUCCCGAGCUCUCCAAAGCCAAGGCUGCUAUCUCGCGUAUCUGCGGAGUGGUGGAUCUUGGUGACGAUCCUUCAGGCGCUGCGUCUAGCGGAUCGUCCCUGGAUCUUGAUUCCGUUGACAAGGAGAAGCGCGAUAUCGAGGCGCUUGCUGACCCACACACACCUGCCGUUGUCGGCGGUGGCGCCCGCGUGGUAUUCAAGGAUGUGCAAUUCUCCUACCCUGCCCGUCCCAGUGUGCCGGUACUGACAUCGUUGUCACUUUCCAUCCAGCCAGGUCAGUUCUGUGCUCUUGUUGGACCCUCGGGUGCAGGUAAGAGCACAGUUCUUGCCCUGCUUGAGCGUUUCUACUCGCCCUCUGCUGGAAGCAUAUCCAUAAACGGCAUGGACAUCUCACGCCAUCAUGGUACAUCGUUCCGCGACGAUAUCGCAUAUGUACCACAGAAUAACGUCCUAUUCCAAGGCAGCAUCAAGUUCAACAUUGCUUUGGGCGCUCGACCUGGUCACGAGCCUUCUGAUGCAGAGAUUCAGGAGGCUUGUGAGCUGGCCAACAUCCACCAGACCAUUGUAGAAUUACCACAAGGAUACGACACCGAAUGCGGUGCCAAUGGGUCGCAACUGUCCGGCGGACAACGUCAGCGACUGUCGAUCGCGCGUGCGCUCGUUCGCAAGCCCAAAUUGCUUCUUCUCGAUGAGAGCACCAGUGCUCUUGACGCAGAGAGCGAGAAGGCUUUAGAACUCGGUCUAGAGCGUGCUGUCAAGGGUCAAGGUGUUACCGUUAUUGCGAUUGCGCAUCGACUACGAACCAUCGCCCGAGCCGAUGUCAUCUUCAUGGUGGAAGGGGGUAAAGUGGUUGACCAAGGUCGACAUGAAGACCUUGUGCAGAGAAGCGAGAGCUAUCGCGUCAACGCUCUCCACCAAAUGCUGGGUUAGCAUUUCGACACUCCCUUGGUGUACGAUACAUGAUAUCAUUUAAUAGACACGUAA